GUUCGAGUCGAGUCGAGACUCGAGGGAGUAAGCUAAGCUCUCUCUUCCAGAUAGUGCCUGCCUGCCACAUUCAGCUCAGUCCAGAAUCUAGAUGGGAGAACCAAGGCUCAGGUUCACAGGCAGGCUGUUCUCUCUACCCACUGCUUUGUAGACCACACUUGGCGAGGUGGGCGACGACUCGAGGCAAAGAAGAACUGGUCGAAGCAGAGCAGCUUUCUCGGUAGCACUGCCGCACGCUGACGGCCAGCGUUUCUGCCAGGAAUCCCGCCAAGGCCGCGCAUUUUCCGCCAUGAUGCCGCCUUCUCCCGCCGUUGACGCACCGACUCCGCGCCAAGCGAUCCAUUCCCUCCCCUGCCGCCGCAGCCCUCCCGCCCGCUCACCCUCCGCGCGCCCACUCUCCGUCCGCUCCGCCCAUUCACCCUCCGCGCGCUUCCCCCGUCGUGGCCGCCGCGGGCCUUCCGCCCUUCCGCCUGGCUCUCGCACAGCAUGGCUGAGAGGCACGUGGACUGUCGCCGUCGCAAUCGCCGUCGUCAUCGUCGCAAUGGCGUCGCCUGCGACUGCUGGGCGAGCCAACGUGCUAGAUAACUUCCUCCCGCCGUGCCCCACCCUCGAAGAACCUACCAGCUUUAAGAAGUGGAGCGACCCAGCAACCUGGGGGAAUGGCCCCAUCCCCGGGCAGGGCGCCGCAGCAGGCGCCAACGUAACCAUCGCGUGCGGGGAGGCUGUGCUGCUGGACACGUCCCCUGUCGCCCUCACUCUGCUCAACAUCCGGGGCUUCCUCCGCGUGCUCGACUCGCCUGCUCUCCCCAAGAUCGAUCUAAGCGCAGCCUUCAUUGUGGUGCAGGGGAAUCUCUCCAUCGGCAGGCCGCAGCAGCACUUUCAGCAGAGGAUCAAGAUUACUCUCACGCCCAACCCCAACAACCGUGCCGACUAUCUCUUCACCGAGAAUCUCCCGGCUGAGCCCGCUUUUCCUCGCAACUUGGGACAUAAGGCGUUUGCAGUGGUGGGCGGCCAGGUGGAUCUGCACGGCAUGCCAGGUGGCAGUAGCACGCCAGCGUGGACGAAGCUCACGGCAACAGCUCAGCCGAACGACCUGGUGAUUACAGUGCAGGAUGACGUCACCGCAUGGCCCCUGGACGCCUUCGUUGUUGUCACAUCCACCGACUACUUCCCCGACCAGGCGGAGGUGGUGGGGAUCAUUGAUGUGGUGGCUCUCCCCUCGGGCGGCUCCAAGAUCUUCCUCGAGAAGCCGCUCCGCCUGAACCACUUCGGCGACCCCAAGGGCGUGCCGGACGGGUUCGGGGGGUUCAUCGACGAGCGGGCAGAAGUGGCCCUGCUCAACCGCACCAUCGCCAUCACAGGCACGGACGAGCCGGCACCGUACCACCGCGAGGGCGGGCACUUCAUGGUUUUUAUGAGCCGCACCCCGCAGUUCAUCGAGGGGGUGGAGUUUGCACAGAUGGGGCAGCAGGGCAAGCUGGGGAGAUAUAACAUUCACUUUCAUGUGUGCGGGGGACGACCAGGGGCGCAGCGUGGUGCGCAAGAACGUGAUGCACGACAGCAAGCAGCGCUGUGUGGUGGUGCACACGACCUUCAAUCUAACCGUGCAGGAGAACGUGGCGUACCACACGAGGGGGCACUGCUUCAUGGUGGAGGAGGGUGGGGAGACUGACAACACCUUCCUGCGCAACCUGGGCAUCUGGACCAGGGCAGUGGAGGUGCUCAUCCCCCUCUCGUCCGACCCCACCAAGACGGAGGAGACGGACGACCGCCCGUCCACCUUUUGGAUCACCAACCCCAACAACAACCUCAUCGGCAACGUCGCUGCGGGCUCCGAGGACUCGGGCUACUGGAUGGAGCUGAGGGAUAGGGUGCGCGGGUUCACUCUCAGCUACCCUGGGUUGAAUGCCACUGUACCGGCCAACGGCCCGUUUGGCAUCUACCGCGACAACGUGGCCCACAGCAACAGGGGACCGGGGUGGCGCACGUACCCCAAGGGGGUCCGGCCCAGGCAGACGUGGUCUCUGGACUCGCCACUUUCUCAGUGGCAGUGGAAGCCUUCCACGGGGACCAUCAGUGGGCUGCUGCUCUACAAGCAAGCUGGAGACGGGUUCUUCAUGCACAACUCUGACGGCAUCAUCAUCACCAACAGCACCUUCGCUGACAACCGCCAGGGGCUCAACCUGCUGGGGAACACGGGCGGUGCGCGUGACUGACAGCCGCUUUGUGGGGCUGUCGCCCAACUAUGGCAACCCGCGCAACUGUGACUCCACUCCGCAGAUGUGUGGCCCUGUGACGGGAUGCGAGUUCCCUCUAGCCCCAGGGCAGCAGGGCCGGUCGCAGGGGUGGAGCCACUGGAAGAACCCUCUCUUUGGCAUCAUCAUCGACCAACCCACCUUUGGAUUCGACUUCUCCCGCGCUCAUGCCAUCUCCAACUGCCGCUUCCACGCCUUUGACAGCACGUGCCGCCCAGCUGCUGCCAUUGGCACGGGCAUCAAUGGAGCUCCCAAGGACACAUGGGCCACCGCCACCAGCAUAGCGGCGGUGCAAGGCACGGACUCUACCAACCUGCUCUUCUUCCCUCCCCGCAACUUCACCUUCCCAGGCGGCGAUGUGAACGGGGGCAGCGAGGCCACAGACCUGUACACUCUGUGGGACCGGGACGGCUCGUUCCUCAACGCCUCGUUGGGCGGCUACCUAGUGGCCAACAACUCCGCCCUGCUGCCCCCUACCAAGCGCUUCCCUGCGUGCCGCCCCGUGCCGGCUUGGAACGCGUACGCGUGUCCCGGCACGUGCUACCGCACUGUGAUGUUCACUUACUUGGAACCGGGAUUUUCGGUGUAUGAGAACAGCAGCGUGCCCGACACACGCAAACGAGGGGACUUCAGCUACCUCUCCAUCCGUCGCAUUGAGGACGAUGCAGUCAUCACUGUGGACGGCAAUCUGCGCUCGGUCGGCAACAUGUGGGCGGCGGGGCAGCGGAUCUUCGUCGUCCCCCUGCUGGCGAACGCUACCUACGAGGUCAACGUAGGGUUACCGAGUAAUAACCAGGCGUUCUUCCCGUCCAACAUCACGGUGCAAGUGCGCGACAGCAACGGGUGCGGAGGGCCGGUGACUCUGAGGAUCCCGGCAAGGCAGAGCAACCAGUGGGCGAUCAACGAGGAACAGGAUGUCAACUGGAAGGCUUGCCUGGGCACAGCAGACCGUGCAGCGCUGCAGUUCUCAUUUGUGUGUUUCAAGUUCAAGCCCACCAUCGAGCUGCUCUUUGACGGCUCCUACUCCGACCCUGUCGUGCUCCGCGCCUCCCCCAACCCUGUCGUUGGUUGCCGCCUACCCUAUCGCUGUGGGCUGAUAGCACCGGAAUCCACAUGGGCGUACGACGUGAGCGGCAGGGAGCUGCAUGCAGCCAUCACAGGCGCCAUGGGCUUCAGCUCUCCACGCUUCAACGAUGCCAGCUGGCCCCGAGGCCCGGCUAUCAUUGGUUAUGUUGGAUGGCGGUGGAAUGGCGUCAACACAUGGACCCCCCCCUCAGGCGACGCUCUUCCCACCUUCUACUACCGGCGCGCAUUCAAGGUGGCCAGCAGCGCGUGUGUCACGGGGCUGUUCGUGGACGUGAUUGUGAACGACGGGGUGCUGCUGUAUCUCAACGGCGUCGAGAUGCUGCGAGUCAACAUGGCGCCGGGUCCUGUCAAUGUGUCCUCCAGGGCCCUCUCCAACCAGAACGUGUGGGACUUCGCCUCUUUUUUCAUCCCUCUCAACGCCACGGCUCCCUUCUCCCUGGCGGAGGGCACCAACUACAUUGCUGCGGAGUCGCACGCGGCCAUCUGGACGACCGAAAACUUCUUCGACCUCAAGCUGUCGGCUCAGAUGGACAGCGCAACGUGCAGCGGAGUGUUGAUACUGCAGGAGGUGUGCGAUGGGCUCGACAACAACAACGAUGGCAAGGUGGACAUCGACCCGCUCACCGAUCUGCCUCUCACGCGCCCCUGCCGCAACCCCUGUGGGGCUGGCGUGGAGACGUGCAUCGAGGGGGCGUUCCAGAACUGCACGGCGCCCGUGCACGGGCCGGAAGUGUGCAACGGAGUGGACGACAACUGCGACGGGCUGGUGGACAACUCGCCCUCCCUCUCCGCCCCGCAGCUCGACUGCGCCAACGGCUCCGUGUGCUUCAAGGGGCAGUGCCUGCCUGUUGGCCCCCUCACAGUGCCGCUUACCACUAUUGCCAAGGGCGCCUCUGGGUGGCUGUACUAUGACAAGGGGUAUCUGCCGCAGUCAUACCCCACCUGGAGCACCAACACCAACGUGCCAGCUCGCCUGCUCAAGGAGGGAGCGGCACCGUUCGGGUUCAACACAGCAUCAGCUGCAGCCACCAACCUCUCGCAGCUCGCCAGUGGCGACAGUGCCUACUUCUUCCUCAAGAGCUUCCCUCUUACAGAGGAGGACGUCAACAACACCUGGAGCUACUCUGCAUCCAUACAGCGGGACGACGGGGCGCUGCUGCUGAUGAACGGUGCCGAGUUCUUCCGCACCAACAUGCCGGCUGGCCCCAUCACCGCCUCCUCCUUCGCUGCUGCGGGCACGUGGGGGCCAGAGAAGACCACCUUCUACAACAGCACUGCCUUCAGAUCGCUCGCCCAGUUUCUACAGCCUGGCACCAACUGGUUGGCAGUGCAGCUGCACCAAUCACGGUGGUCCAGCGAUGCUGUCAUGGACCUCGAGCUCACCCGCCACGCCAUGCAGCCCUGCUCCGCGCUGCCUGGCUCUCCACCUGCCUGUGUCCGCACGCCCCCUGCUGACACCCUGCUGCUCGCGCAAGGGUCCUCGUGGGCCUACAACGACGCCUCCCUGCCUGCACCUCCCCCUGACUCCUGGUACCUGCCGUCCUUCGAUGACUCUGCCUGGCUCAAAGGCGCCACCCCCAUUGCUGCUGGGAACAGCAGGGCAGCCACCAAUCUCACCCUGGGCAGCGGCCUCAGCGCCCCCAGCACCCCUCCCCGUGUGGCCUACUAUUUCCGCCGCACCUUUGCCGUAUCUGACGCUGCCUGCAACGUGGCCCUCACUGUCUCCCUGAAUAUUGCCGACGGCGCUGUGGUGUAUCUUAAUGGUGUCGAGGCAUACCGCUUCCAAAUGCAACCUGCGUGGUGGGGCCCCAUCACCCCCACCACCACUGCCACAGGCGGCUACGUGUGGCGCUGGGUGCCGUCGGUGCUGUCUGGGGGGUGGGUGCAGCAGGGCGCGAAUGUGAUAGCAGUGGAGGUGCACCAGCAGAAGAGCACCAAUACUCUGGUGACCUUUGAUGUGCAGCUCACCAGCAAGAGAGAGGCCAUUGCCUGCACCCCUUCCCCGCUCUAAACUGUGGAUUUGGUGUCAAGACAGCAGCCUGUGUUGGGGGUGGGAGCAGCAGGGCACGAAUGCGAUAGCAGCGGAGUUUCAUCAGCAGUAGAGCACCAAUACUCUGGUCUCGUUUGACGUGCAGCUCACCAGCAAGCGAGAGGCCAUUGCCAGCACCCCUGCCCCGCUCUAGGCUCUGGGAUUGAUACAACUGAAAGCUGUUCAAGGCGAGCCUUGCAUUGGUGUACAUUAUGUAUGCUCUGAAUUUGGUAUCAAUGCCUACGUUGCCUCCACCCACUUCUGCACCACUCUAGCCUGUGAAUCUGGUGUCAAGGCAGGCAGCACCCGGGUGUACCUGUACUGGACAAGUGGCCUCUCGUGGUUUUUAUUGCAUUAUGUACCUACAUUAGCUUGGAAUUUGGGUGUUUUCCCUUUGUAUUAUAGACAUUGUAAGACCUUGGUAUCAAACUUGAAAAUU